UUCAAUAAUAUUAGACCUUGCAUUUGUGUGAUCUAGAAUGGCUAAUUCAACUAUCAUUACUUUCAACAUAAUUCUCUUCUUUGUCCUCAUUUCUCAAGGUUGCAGCCAAUGCUCGUUGAAGGAUCUCCAUGUAGGCCAAUUUCUAUCAGGAAAUAUAGUGAACGGAAUGCCAGAAUGGAAUGUGCUUGUCUCCAAUUGGUGUCGAUGUGUUCAAACAAAUGUGAUGUUGAAUUGCACUGGAUUUGAAUCCAUUGAACCAAUAGACCCAAGACUUUUGAAGUUUCAACCAUUGCAAGGUGUUUGUCUUGUUAAUUCCGGAAAACCUAUUGGAAAAGAUGUUUUUGAAUUCCAAUAUGCAUGGGACGUUCCAUUUCCAUUUAGUCCCAUUUCCUCAGUCAUUUCUUGUUCUUAAAUGUAAAACCAAUGAGUUUUGGCUUUAGCUUAGCUUUGUUUACAAAGCUCGGUAAUUCUUCAAUAAAAUGUGAUU